CUAAGCCAUCAGUGUGGUACAUCAAGGUCGAUUUCUGUCCCUAGACCUGCUUGAAGCAGGAUUAAGAAAAGUUCUUUGCCUACCACUGUCAUGGCAGCCACGGUGACGGCGUGUCUCUGUUUUCUUCUGUUCACCGUGAUGGCUGCUGUGUUUGUAGCAGAUAACCCUACCAUGGCUGGUCCUGCUACUGCUACGGAUCACGGAACACCAAGCAAUGAUUUGAUUCAAGUACCUGAACAGCUAAGACGAGUGUGGGAUACCAGUAGUCGCCCGCAGCAGGAGAACGAUAUCAAAGUGAUCUCUGCACGACGGAACGGUGCUCCACGUCAUCUCCGAUGUCCUGUGAGGCGCUGCUGUACGGCACUGCGAAAACGUCUGGCCUCGGAGAAGGGAGAGCGCUGGUCGUGUGCUGGAAAUGGAGCGGGACACCUUUCCAGUGAUAGCAAUGUUCUUGUACCAAACAUCUCUUGGUGGACACCGACUUCAUCUUCCUCUAGUCCUCAGAAGACGUGGACGCCAGUUUCCAACCAGCACACUGCUGCGCUGAGGGAUCAUGGAGCAGAUGCAGAUAGCAAUGUUGCAGGACCAGGGUGCCGAAAAAGUCGCUAUGAUGGUGAUUGUAUGGAAUGUGCUGCCGAGCAAGCUGGUUUGUUUGCCUGUGUGAUAACAUUCACUCGUGCUGAGACUUCUGAACUGUCCCUGUGUUCCCCUUCCUAUUUCCACGUCGUACAGCCAUCAACGAACACACACGAACCUCCUCAUGCACAGCAAUUGGCUACAAAGAAUGCAGUAGCCAGUGCAGUGACGUCAGAAUCUCCUCCUCUCCCAGUCAUGGAGUUCCUAAUGGCUAAUAGUAUUACCCAGAAGCCAAGAGUAGGAUGCAACACUGGACAAGAGCAGGUAAUAACUUCACCAUCAGUAGCACCAGAGAGUGAUCCAGACUCUGAACCACAGUCACCUACGUUCAACACUAGACCACCACCAUUCGUCUUGGAGAGGUCAGGGCAGUCUUUGACUCUCCACUGUAAGGCUAAAGGACAUCCGACGCCACGUAUCACCUGGUUACGAGGCUAUCGUGUCAUAGGACGAGACAGCAGCAGCCGAGUAGCCACGGGUCCUGGUGGCUCUCUGCAUUUCCGCACGUUGACUGGAGAUGAUGAGUACACGUAUCGGUGUGUUGCUGAGAACAGUUACGGGCAUGAGAUAGCUACUACAAAUAUCUACGUUCAACAAUGAUGCAUAUGCAUGAUUGUAUGAACAUGUCAUAGUGAUUAGGAUCAGCACUCUGCAUACAGUGCAUUACAAGUACGAGUGUGGAGAUGGAGUAGAAUAUUGUCCACUGGAUGUACAAGUACCAAAACGCAGGUUGCCACCUGAUCGGAAAAACACACUUUCGCUCUGUGCCCAGCUAGCAUUACAUUUAUUUGGCGCAUUUUCCUGCAUCACACAAUACUUCAUUCCACAAUACUUCAUCACACAAUACUUCAUUCCACAAUACUUCAUUCCACAAUACUUCACACCAAGUGUUACAGUUACUACAACUCUGGUGUGAUGCUUAGUUACUUCCAUAUUCCGCCUCUCUCUCUCUCUCUCUCUCUCUCUCUCUCUCUCUCUCUCUCUCUCUCUCUCUCUCUCUCUCUCUCUCUCUCUCUCUCUCUCUAUCUCUAUCUCUCUCUCUCUCUCUCUCUCUCUCUCUCUCUCUCCCUCCCUCUGUCUGUCUGUCUCUCACCUUCUCUGUAUGGCCUUUUCUCCUAGCCCCCUCAUCAUACUAUAGCAUAAAGCUCAAUAUGUAUCCCUGUGCAUAAUAACAAUACUACUAGUUAAGUACCAACUCUUCACGUCUCCCGUACUGCCUGUACUGCCUGUACUGCCUGUGUAUGCAACUCCAUUUGUAACAUUCUCACUGUUCAAAAA